ACGUUGGUGAAUGGUGUGAGGUGAAACUUUUUGCCCGUCAAGAUUACAGUAUAUCGGUAAAGAAGUUCAAGCCCCAGCUAGCCGCAGAGCUACUGUAGCUUUAAGGAGGUCACCUGAUGCAAAGAAAGGAAAACCCGACCGAGGAAGCAGGAAGUUCCUGUACGACGACAUCGAGCCCGAGCACGUAAACAGUGCACAAAGAGCAGAAAUAAACACAAAGAGGGGGUUUUCAGACGUUGACCGCAAUGGCAGGCAUUAAAGCACUGGUUGGUUUGUCCUUUAGUGGUGCUAUUGGACUGACAUUUCUUCUGCUGGGCUGUGCAUUAGAAUCGUACGGGGUCUACUGGCCGAUGUUUGUCCUGAUUUUCUACGUAUUAAGUCCCAUCCCGACCUUCAUAUCCAGACGCCUCAGUGAUGACUCUGAAUCCAGCAAUGCCUGCAGAGAGCUGGCCUAUUUCUUAACAACUGGCAUUGUGGUAUCAUCGUUUGGACUACCCAUUGUUUUGGCCCGUACCAACACCAUCAAGUGGGGCGCCUGUGGAUUGGUGAUGACCGGAAACGCCGUCAUCUUUCUCACCAUCUUAGGCUUUUUUAUCGUGUUUGGAGGCGGGGAUGACUGGAGCUGGGAGCAGUGGUAAAGUGCCGUUGGAAAGUGGACAGACAGACAGAUGGGUGGGUGGGUGGAUAGUUGAACGAACAGACUGCAGACUGAGGGGCACAUGUGUCCUGCACUCAAUGGGGGAUGAAGCUCUAGUGUAGGCAGCAAAAUGUCAAAUGAAACCAGCGUGUUGUCAUGCUGAUUUUUAUACUGGGGUGGGGAUUAGGUUUGGAAAUAACUGUGUGCCCUGUAAUGUGCCUUACGUCUGGGACCAGGGAGAAAUGAAUGUCUGUACCCCUCUUAUGUGCCAUCAAUAUCCACAUUAAUACAUAUAUGAUUAUUUUCUUCGUCUUGCCUUUGUUUCAGUUGCUGAAUCACCCUGCUCACUGCAGCUAUUAUGCCUCAGUUAAUCAAUAUCCUAAAGGGAUCCUAAAGAAUAACUAUUGUAAUGUAUACUGCAAAGCUUAUACUGCAUUAUCUGUCCUCAUUGUUUAAGGGAGGAGUUAUAGCUUGCUUAUUAUUAUGAGCACUCUUUGCUAGUACAGAGCAAGUUAUAGGACUCCUAAUCAGGUGAAGAUAUAUUUGUGUUAAGUAUGUUGUUUUGCUUUUGUUUUUGUUUGUGUGUUUCAUUCCUCAAGCAUUUUAUUUUUUGUGUUCUGGUGCAAUUGUUUACAUUUUCACCAAAGAUCAUUUCUAGACUGCAAUUCUACUGGAGCAUAUUCACCACUAAACUAUAUUUUAAAAAAAUAAAUAAAUGUCCGCUACACAGUAACACGAUCCUCAAAAGCCAGCCGAGGCAUCUGAAAAAGAGCUCUUUGUACGAUCAGUCCAGAAAAAGUAGCCAUUAAACUUUAUUCUUCUGUACAUUACAAAGCAAUCCAUAAUCCUGACAAAAUGUUAUGGCAUAAUGAAUUCAGUUUUCUUUUUUUUUUACUUGUUGAAUGGUAAAUACUGUACAUGUUUGCUAUUUUUGUCCUAGUAGGUGCCUUCUCUCGCAUACUUCUUCACACACGCCUGCCUUAGACAAUGCACCUUUCAAAGGGUCUGGUUGUAAUUUGUUUUUCACCAUCAGGGCCCGGUGAAAUCUUUAACUGUAAUUUAACAUUUGCAUCCUCGCAUGUAAUGUUCCCAUAGUCAGUCAAUAACUAAUGGUGAGCUUUGUUUGAUCAGCAUGUGUAACGAAAACUGUCACAGAAAGAAAUGUUCUCAGAAAAUUUCUGAUUUCCUAAACAUCUGCUACACAGUUGCUUUUCAGAGGGAAAUGUUGUAUUGUUUGUAUGUAACUGACAUGUUCAAGUCUAUCAACGGGAAGAAAGUGUACGUUCUCUGUUGUGACUGCUAUAUUCACACUUUAAAGACACUAAGGAGUGCCUAAGAGUUCUGUAAGUUUUUUUUAUAAGCUCCUGAUUGCACUUUUCUAACACUGAUUAAAACUCUCUGUGUAGU